CAGCCUGAUAGUUAAAGAUAUGGUUGAGUCUUAUUAAAAACAGCAGGUGAUUAACAAUAAAACAUUGAUUCAAUAAAUUCUGAAUAAAUAUGUCAUACAAAGUCGGUCAACGCGUUGAAAUACCUGGUAAAGAUUGUCAAGGUGUAAUUGCUUAUAUUGGUUAUCCUCCAUUUGCAACUGGAAAAUGGAUUGGUGUAAUACUCGAUGAACCAAAAGGAAAAAAUAAUGGCACUAUCAAAGGACAGCAAUAUUUCAAGUGUCCAGAUAAUCAUGGAAUGUUUGUACGACAAACACAAAUCAUCCUGUUGGAUGAAUCUGGUAAUAGAACAGAUCUUGCCAGUCCAUCUUCGGCAGGUAGCAGUGCUACAACACCCGACGAAGGCAGCGCAGUCAGAGCUAGAAGUCGUCUUAAUAGCAUGAGUAUGCGUCGAAGGAAUGAACCUACAGCAGUACGGAGAAAAACAUCUCCAGCACAGAUUAAUCGACAACAGAGUGACAGACUGUCGGGUUCUCGAUUAUCUUUGGUUGGCAGUAAAACACAGUUCAAUACCUCGUGCACUGAAAAUGUGCCAGGAUCUCUGCAUGAGCGUAAGGAUGGUGGCGAAACACUUAUACCAGCUCCUACGACAACUAAACGAGCAUCAUUUAUUGAGAAGUCCCCUAGCACGAGCUCACCUUCCGGCAAAAAGCCAAAGGCCCAAGAUGAUCACAAUAAUACAGGCUUUGUUGAAACUCUGAAACCACAAUUUGUUCCUGGUCAAGUAAUGGCUGGUUCAGCUGCAGCCUCUAAUUUAGUGGAGGAAAAACUAACGCAUCUACAACUUAUGCAAGAAAAUGAAAAUUUAAAGGCUCAGGUACGCGAUUUGAACGAAAAAGUAGAAACAUUAAGAGUGAAGCGGAUACAGGACAAAGAGAGAAUGAAAGAUUUUGAAAAAACCAAACUUCAGUUUGAACAACUACUCGAAUUUAAAGUAAAAGUUAUGGAAAGCCAAGCCAGUCUUCAGAGGGACCUUCAACGAGCAAAGCAAGAAGCUAGGGAGGCACAAGCAGCCAGAGAGCAAUAUCAAGAUGAAAUGGCAGAUCUUGCAGAAACCGUAGAAAUGGCAACAUUAGAUAAAGAAAUGGCAGAAGAGAAGGCUGAAACGCUCCAAAUAGAAUUGGAACAAUUAAAAGAAAAAUUAGAGGAACAAACGCUUGAUUUGGAAAUUCUUCGUAAUGAAAUGUCAGAAAGGGCAUCAGGAGGAGGAGGCGGAGGAGGAGGAUCAACUACAAACGUAUCGAGUUAUGAGGUAAAGCAAUUGGAACAACAGAAUAGUAGAUUGCGUGAAACACUUGUAAGAAUGCGUGAUCUGUCAGCACAUGAGAAGCAUGAAUUUCAAAAACUUCAAAAAGAUUUGGAUCAAAAGAAAUCAGAAAUCAUGGAGUUAGGACGUACCAAGGAAAAAUUAUCUUCGCGUGUUGAGGAAAUGGAACAUCAAAUAGCAGAUUUACAAGAACAAGUUGAUGCAGCAUUAGGUGCUGAAGAAAUGGUAGAAGUAUUAGGAGAAAAGAAAAUGGCCUUAGAACAAAAAGUUACGGAACUUGAAGAAGCUGUUGCAGAUCUCGAGGCUUUACAGGACAUGUCUGAUCAACUUGCUGAAUCUUCUAAAGAAUUAGAAUUAGAAUUAAGAGAGGAAUUAGAUCUUGCUCUUGGAUCAGCUCGUGAUGCUCAUCGACAUCGUGAUGCGGCUUUAGAAACAUUAGCAGAUCGUGAACUAACUAUAACAAAGUUUCGAGAGCUUACGCAUCAAUUACAAGAGCAAUGUUUGCAAUUGCAAGAACGAGUACAGACGACAGAAUCUACUAAAUCUAUUACACGAGGUGCAGAACAACAGUUGGCCGAAAUAUUAGAUUUCCAAAAAACUUUUGCGGAGAGUCGAGCGCAAACCAGAGCUGUCGAUCUCGAGAUACGACGAUUAGAUGUGGAGGAAGCUGAAAGUCACGUGCAUUACUUACUUUCGUUCAUGUCUCCUGCAUUUUUAGCACGCGGUGGUUAUCACGACGCAAUCUUAACUCUUUUACUUAUCCCACGUAUGAUACGUAAAACAGAGAUAUUGAUUUCACAAGUAAGAAAUAAAUACAAUUCGACUGAUAAAAUUGAUAGAGUGGGCGUAAUAAAAGGUCAUUCCGUGGAACAGUAUGCUUUCCGAUCACGUCUUUGUGCGUGCAUGUAUGCCUUGCAAACUACUCUAGGAUGUUUCGAGUCUGCCUUAAAUGUGUGCAGUCCGGAAGCAUUGCUUAAAGUUGGAGCUGCGUUCCCAGAAAUGAUAGUGCAAGAAAAAUCAGUGGACUCUUUAAUUGCAUUAGCCAAAAGAGAUCAGCUAGAUGAAAAUCUUUCCGUGGAUGCGGUUGAAAAAUGUUGUGAAUAUUUCUCUACAAUGUUUUCGAUGUUAUUUGGAGGAAGUGUAUCUAUUAAUCAAGCUCGCUUAGUUAUUAAUGGAACUAGAAGCUUAGGUAGUGCUUGCGAUGCAAUUGCAACCGAUGCUGCAGCUAUAAAAGUUCUCAUUCAAGGAGACACUGGGGAUAUAGGACUUCUUUGUCAAUAUGCUGAAACAACUUGUGAAGCAAUACAGCAGCACUUGAAAUCAGCUAGAAGACGUGUUCCUCGAGAUCAUACCGGAAGUUUAAUAGGCACAAACUUAGGACUAGAUAAAGAUUAUAGUAAUCAAUUAUUUACAUGCUAUCAAGCUGCUGUCAAAAUUAUGAAAACAUUACAAAUUUUAUUAAAAGGUUCAAUACAAGCUAUUGUUACAAACGGAGACUUGGAUACAGGUCUAGCAGCCGAUAAAUUAAAAGAUAUAGCUGCUAUGGCUAGUGAAAAAGUCUAUGAUACUGAAGAUAUGGGGCCAGUGGCAACAAUUAAAUCUAGUUUAACGAUCAUGCAACAGUUUGCAGCUAAUUUGGCACAAAGGAUGACAGAAUGUGAAAAUGAUUUAGCAAUGACAGGAUCUAUUUCAAAUCUACAAGAAGCUAAUGAAACAGUAGCACCAAUAGUCUUACUGGCUCAAAUAGCAAGAAAUGAAUCAGAGGAAACUAAAAUACUCAGCAGAAAACUGGAAGCACGAGAAAGCGAUAUACGCGAAGCAAGAAUAGCAUUACGAGAAAAACAAGAAGAGCUGUCUGAAAUGACUUUAAGAAAAGAAUUAGCAGAGAAGAAAAUAACGACGCAACAACAUGAGCAUGAAUUAAAUGUAGAAAAAUUAAAAAGAAAGUUAGAAGAAUCGCAGAAUACAAUUAAACGAAAGGUAGAUUUGUCAGAGAAAGAAUUCGAAACAACAAUGGAUCAUCUUCAAAAUGAUAUUGAAUUUUUGGAAAGUGAAAAAGGACAAUUAAAAGAAAAGUUGCAAUCGUUUGGAAAAAGGACAUUGAUAUCUGGUGCAGAUAUUUCAGUAGGAGGUUCCUCGCCCAUAAUAGCCGAAAUACAAAAUGCAAACCAUAAAUUUUUAGUGCAAGAAGUAACAUUACUCAAAGAAGCUCUGAACACUGAGCACCUGCAAAAAAGAAAAUUGUUAUCUGAUGCAUUACGUGUAAAACUGGAAAGUCUAAAACCAUUGACAUCUACGAAAAAUCUCGAAACUACAGAUACAAACAUCAAUGAUUUAGCAAGGAAAACGAACAAUCUUCUAAAAGAUAUCCGUAAUAUAAUAACGUUCUCUACCGUACCCGACUUGACACGUAAUAAAGUAUCUUCAGCAAAAACACCAAUACUCGAAAAAUCGAUACCUUUAUAUCAAUUGUUGCAGCGACAAUUACUUAUUAAAGAAUACAAAGAAAAGGCUAAUAGAUUGGCAGGAGAAAUACGCGAAGAAGCAGUCAAACGAAACGAUGGAGGAAGGGCUGAAACUCAAUUUGGUGUAUUUCCAAAUCAUGAAAUAACGACAGCAAUGCAGGAAAAUCAAAUUCUUGCAGCACAGAUAAGUAUUCCUUACAGUGGUCCAGAAAAAACACAUACUAUCGUUGUAGGAAAAAAUGAACUUCGACAAGUUCACACUCUUGUAUGUUAUUAAAUUUUACGUAUUAGAAUUGUUUAGUUCUUUUAAAAGUGACGUUGUUUAUAUAUGUUUAUCUUUUUUUUUUUUAUACUAUCACUAAUAUCUAUUUUGUAUUAUUAUUCUAAUGAAAAGUUUAAUUUAUUUUGUACAAAUAGGAUUUAUAUAUAUAUAUAUAUAUUGCAAUUUUAAUUUAAUAACAUGCGCGAUUAAAGCUAUAAUUGCAAGCUUUCUUAGUAUUGAUAUAUAAUGUGUAAUGUGGUGGGAUCUGCUAUAGAUGAUCGUAUUAUUCAUUAUAAUUGUAAAUUUAUUAAUAUAACUAUAUCAUUUUGAAA